AUGGCCGAGUCCAACCCGCUGCGGGGGUUCCCCCGUCUGCGCCGGGCCGCGACCUCAUUUCCAGGCAAUCUGCAUUUGGUCUUGGUGCUCCGCCCCACCAGCUUGUUAAGCUCCGCCCCCAGUCCAUCUUCAAGCACUGACCUGGGAUUUCGCUUCAGCCAGGAUGACUUCCUGUUAAAGAUGCCGGUGGUGAUGCUGCGCUCAGUCGGUGACCUUCUGCGCUACAUCGAUGAAAACCACCUGACAUCCGACUUCACUGCUAAAGUGGAGUAUUGCCAAAGCGAUUGGAUCGUCCUCCGCACGUCCAUUGAGACCUUUGCGGUGACAGUGAAGGAGAUCGCCCAGCUCCUGCAGGGCUUCGGAUCAGAGCUGUCUGAGACUGAACUUCCAGAUGAAGCGAACGCCAUCGAGUUCCUGCUGCACUCACACACACACCGAUACCGACAGAUGAAGGACGAUAUCCGGAGCGUGCUGAAAGAAGGGCGCCUGCUGCUGUCCAACCUGGAAACUGUCAAGGCCUCUAAGAGAGACAUAGAGGAGGAGAGGGAAAUACAGGGAGAUAUGGACACGGUUCAGAGGCUCCUGGCUCAGCUGAGAGACAUGGAGGAGGCGUUUGAUGGCUUCUUUGAGAAACACCACCUGAAGCUGCAGCAGUACCUCCAGCUGCUGCACUAUGAAAUGAAUUUCCAGCAGAUGGACGAGGUGCUGGAGCGGCUCUCUGCCCAGGAGAGGGACAUCGCCCCUAUGGGAACCACGUUGGUUCAAACGGAACAACUACUGAAAGACUUGGAGACGCUGGACAGACACGCUCAGGAGGAGAUGAAUCGUGCUCAGGUGGUGAUCCUGCACGGUCACCAGUUGGCCGCCAACCACCACUACGCCCUGGCACUCAUCGUCCAGCGCUGCAAUGAGCUGCGGCAUCACUGUGAUGUCAUCACCACUGCCAUACGCACCAAGCGGGCCUCGCUCACCAGAGCACGAGACCUGCUGCGGCGCCUUGAAGAGGCGCUUCGUUGGUGUGAUGACGGAGCCUAUCUGCUGGCGAGUCAGAUGGUGGACAAGUUCCAAACUCGAGAGGGAGCUCAGGAGGCGCUGCAGUACCUCAGCUGUCACCAGGAGAGGGCGCCAUCUGCCCUGAAUAACAGCCAGGACACGCUGAGCCUGGAGUUUGAAGCCAUACUCACCCCACAGCUGCAGUCCCAAAUUUCCAUGGUAACAGAGAAACUGAACUCCAUGCAGUCCAUGAUCCGAAACAGAGAGCAGUGUCUGAGGAAGCUUGCGGAUAUGCAGGUCAGACCCAUCCAGCUGGUGGCCCCAAGACCCGAACCUGAGCAGACCAUGCAACGCUGCAAGUCACCCCUCUUCUCCCCAAAACACGGUGUAGACUUAAACGUCCUGAACUCCAAGUUUUCCUUUGACCUGCUUCCUGGCAAGAGAGCCGCGAGGAGGAACAACAACCAACGCAAGAUCGAGGUGAUGCAUGAUUACCAAGGCAACCGCAGCUGUAUGUAUGGCCCAAGUCCUGAAACAGAUUCAGAGGUGGAGGACAAUCCAGAGCAGGUCACACGCCAUGUUAUGAAGGAGCUGAUAGCUACAGAGAGGAUCUAUGUGGACGAGCUGCUCUCUGUCCUUCUGGGCUACAGGGCAGAAAUGGAGGACCCAUCCAUGUCUUAUCUUCUCCCUUCAGCUCUACGCAGCCAGAAGGACGUUCUGUUUGGCAACAUGCCAGAGAUUUACCAGUUCCACAGCAGGAUCUUCCUUCAAGAUCUGCAGAGAUGCCUGGAGACACCUGAGAGGGCGGGGGCCUGUUUCCUACAGCGGAAAGAGAAGUUCCAGGUGUACGAGCGUUACUGCCAAAACAAGCCUCGCUCUGAGUUGCUAUGGAGACAGUGUUCUGAUUCGCCCUUCUUUCAGGAAUGCCAGAGGAAGCUGGACCACAAGCUGGGUCUGGACUCUUACCUCCUGAAACCAGUCCAACGCCUCACCAAGUACCAGCUGCUACUCAAGGAGCUGCUGAAGCACUGUACGGAGCAGCGAUACCGCUGUGAACUCCAGGAUGCGCUGGACUCCAUGCUGGAGCUACUGAAGUCUGUCAACGACUCCAUGCAUCAGAUAGCCAUCACUGGAUAUCAGGGUGACCUCAGCCAGCUGGGCCGCGUGGUGAUGCAGGGAGGCUUCAGCGUGUGGAUCAGCCAUAAGAGGGCAGCGGUGCGAAUGAAAGAGCUGGCCAGGUUCAAACCCAUGCAGAGACAUCUCUUCCUCUAUGACCACGCCCUGCUCUUCUGCAAGCGCAGAGAUGAAGACAAUCACGACAGGACGCCCUUCUACAGCUUCAAAUCCUGCCUCAGAAUGAGUGCAGUGGGAAUCACAGAAAAUGUGAAAGGAGAUGUGAAGAAAUUUGAGAUCUGGUACAGUGGCAGAGAAGUAGUGUACAUAGUUCAGGCUCCCACACUGGAGGUUAAAGUUGCCUGGCUGACGGAGAUUCGAAAAAUUCUCACCAACCAGCAGAAACUGUGUCAAGAUGAUGCUCCUCUACCAAUUUCAGACAACCCCGCCUCUGACAGCUCCUCUGCAACAAGCCACUCCUACAGGCACCGGGGGGAGGAGUCAAUACACACUAGUCCCGCCCACUCAGACCCCGUGGUUCACUCACCUCGACGCAGUUGGCCUGUCCCUGCUCACUCGGUGGCAAUCUGCGAAGGCCUGGAGGACUGGGGCGCUACAGACCUUUCCAACCUAUCAGACUCAGAUGAGGAGGAGGAUCAGCCGGCUCCGCUGGUGGCGGGGAGGUACAGAGUCAUGGUAGAGAGCAGCAUGGCCAGCACUGAUGACAUCAUUUUUAACUGCGGUGAUGUCAUCCAGCUGCUCCAUGAGGAGUCGUCAGGAAUGUGGAUGGUGAGGAAUAUAAGUCGCGGUGAAGAGGGGCGUGUUCUGCCUGAAGACCUGCACAGGAUUUUGGGAGAGACCUGCUGA